GCGCGGCGUGUACUCUCGGGCCCAUUGUGGAGUUCCGGGCCGCUGACGUCAUGUUUCAGUCCUACCCGACGCUCAUUGGUCCAGAUCCGGUCGAAUCACUCCACUCGUAGGCGGGCCAGGGCACCGGCUUGGCCAGCGCCGUUAGCCCGCCUUCUCCGCCGCGGAUUGGCCCGCGACGGGACCUGUCGGUCGCGGUUGUGUCUGGGAAGGAGAGAAAAUGGCGGCGGAGCCGAGCAAGACCGAAAUCCAGACCCUGUUUAAGAGGCUUCGUGCAGUUCCCACCAACAAGGCUUGUUUCGACUGUGGCGCCAAGAGUCCGAGCUGGGCCAGCAUCACGUAUGGUGUAUUUUUGUGUAUUGACUGCUCCGGGGUGCAUCGCUCCCUGGGAGUCCAUCUCAGCUUUAUCAGGUCCACAGAGUUGGAUUCGAACUGGAGCUGGUUGCAGCUGAGGUGUAUGCAGGUCGGCGGGAAUGCCAAUGCGACUGCUUUUUUCCGCCAACAUGGAUGUGUGGCCAAUGAUGCUAACACCAAAUAUAAUAGCCGAGCUGCCCAGAUGUACCGAGAGAAGAUCCGGCAGUUAGGGAGUGCAGCUCUGGCUAGGCACGGUACUGAUCUUUGGAUAGACAAUAUGAACAGUGCUCCUAGUCACUCUCCGGAGAAGAGAGACUCUGAUUUCUUUACAGAGCAUACUCAGGCCUCUGUCUGGGAUACAGCAGCCACUGAGCCUUCAGGGACCCAGCAACCAGUCCUACCUUCAGAGAGCAGUAGCCUGACACAACCUGAACACGGCCCUAACACCGACCUCCUUGGAACGUCACCCCAAGCCUCUCUGGAACUGAAAAGCUCCAUUAUUGGCAAGAAGAAGCCAGCAGCAGCUAAGAAAGGGCUGGGUGCCAAGAAAGGCUUGGGAGCUCAGAAGGUGAGCAACCAGAGCUUUACUGAGAUUGAGCGGCAGGCCCAGGUGGCAGAGAAGCUCCGGGAGCAGCAGGCAGCUGAUGCCAAGAAGCAGGCAGAAGAGUCAAUGGUUGCCUCCAUGCGUCUGGCCUACCAGGAGCUCCAGAUUGAUCGCAAAAAGGAAGAGAAAAAGCUACAGAACCUUGAAGGAAAGAAGCGAGAGCAGGCUGAAAGGCUGGGCAUGGGGUUGGUGUCCCGAAGCUCCAUCUCCCACUCUGUGCUGUCUGAGAUGCAGGUGAUUGAGCAGGAAACCCCGCUGAGUGCAAAAUCUUCCCGUUCACAGCUUGACUUGUUUGAUGAUGUUGGAACUUUCGCCUCUGGACCCCCAAAGUACAAGGACAACCCCUUUUCCUUGGGAGAAACUUUUGGUUCCCGCUGGGAUUCAGAUGCAGCCUGGGGUAUGGACAGGGUAGAAGAGAAGGAACCCGAAGUAACCAUCUCCAGCAUCCGGCCUAUUUCAGAAAGAACCACGAGCCGGAGGGAAGUGGAGAGCCGGAGCUCAGGUCUUGAGUCCAGUGAAGCCCGUCAGAAGUUUGCAGGAGCCAAAGCCAUCUCAUCUGACAUGUUCUUUGGUCGGGAGGUGGACUCUGAGUGUGAAGCCAGGUCUCGGCUACAGCAGCUCUCGGGCAGCAGUGCUAUCAGCUCCUCAGACCUCUUUGGGGACAUGGAUGGAGCUCAUGGAGGAGGAACAGUAUCUCUGGGGAAUGUACUUCCUACCGCUGACAUUGCCCAGUUUAAGCAAGGUGUCAAGUCUGUGGCUGGCAAGAUGGCUGUGCUGGCCAAUGGUGUGAUGAAUUCUUUACAGGAUCGCUAUGGCUCCUACUGAUCCAGGCUCCAUGGCUCAGGCCUGUGGUGGUGACAGCAAGAACCCCGAUUCCCAGGCCAGGGGUGCCUGCCUUGUGGAUCGGGGAUAUGUUGAUUUUCUGUGUGUGGUGUGUGAGUUGAGUGGCUUUGGAGGAUCUUAGGCGAGGGGAAUGGUCAGCAUCAACCCUUGUCCUUCGCCUGUGCAUUGAGUCCUUGUCCUCGCCCCUCACCCCUCACCCUCUCCUCUCCGUGCUAAUGCUCUUUCUUCCAGUUCUGCCCCAAAGCUGCUGCUACUUAGCCUGCUGCACUGGGAGUGAGGGAGGAGUUCCAUCAGGAUGGCUUCAUGGGUCUAGUUCUUCCCUAAGUGGGGAAGGCAUAAGGCUUUCGCGGGCUCUAGGAUCCUUAUAGGUGGUCUGGGGGUCUGGGCCUCGUCUCCUGGAGACAGGGAGGUCUAGCAAGAGUUGUGCUGUACCAGCCCUCAGGGAGAAAUUCUGGAUUUGCCACUGCUGGUACUGUCAACGGCCUCUUCUGGGUUCCAGGGGAGGACGGGUUAGGAGAAGGAUUCUGGUAACUUACUAAGGGCUAGAACUUUCGCUUGACACCUAAAGGGUUUAUUUGGGAUCAGCCUGGAGGCCUGAGCAAUCUCUGUCACCACUGUCCCUUGGAGGCUGACUUCUGCCUAGGUGUCUGAGAGCCCUUAUCUACCAUUAUUGUGGGUCGUAGCACCCUCUGUCUGUGCUUGAGAUUCUGUCCUUUUGUGUCCUGCUUGGCACCCAUGGUGGGUCUCAUCUGGGUCCUCCCUGGAUGCUGUGAGCCUACUACUGGCUGAGGAAGCUGAGGCUCUGAGAGAAAGAAGCCCCUGGAGCUCGGCUUUCGUCCUCUGCAGCAUUCUGGGUUAGGGGUCCUGGACAGCACCCCACCAAUCAGUGAGAGCUUGAGAACCUGCAGCUGCAGGCCCCACACUCUGGCAGCUGGGCCACGCACUGUGUCAUCCUUGGUGCCAUCUCCCCCUGCCGUGCUGGCAGUCUGGGCCCAACCCUACCUGUGGACUGCAGGUUGGGCUCCCAAACAACACAGACCACUCUUCCCUCACCCUCCCCAGAGGGACAUGACUUUCUUUCAGCACUGUUUGUAUUGAAACAAAGUGGUGUCAGAAUAAAGCCCCCACGGGGCCUGUGGGUCAGUGUCCUCUCCA